GGUACUAACCAUGUGUGGUUUCUUCCUCGCCUGGAUCACGGCCUUAUUACAUGUUGGGGUUUUACAUACUAAUGCAAUCCUAUUUGAAGGAAAGUUUGAAUAUGAAACUGAAGAACUGGUGACGUUACAAUUUAAUGACGUAGGACGCUUUAAAAGAUCACCCGGUGGUUCGACGUCAAAUCCGGACGCCCUCGAAGUAAAUUUUGACGCAGCGAACACGUCAAUCAGCCUUUCUUUAAAACGUAACUAUGGAGUUGAUGAGAACAUGCCUGUCUACGUCAUUCGUGGAAAUAGAGUUGUCAUGGAAACGCUUCCCCCUGCCAACCGAACUGCAUUCUACCAAGACUUUGCUCACGGUGCUGCCUUCAUUGUCGAAUACACCGACGAAGGACUGGCAAAUAUGCAUGGUACAGUUACGAUCAGGGGCGUGCAAUACUUCGUGGAAAGGUCGUCCGGAACCAAUUCAGAUUCACAUGUGUUCGACUUCCGCCUGCGCAAGCCCAAAACAAAGGCAGUUUCCUUCACUGAUCCUAUUCCAGAAGGCAAAGAAGAUGGUACCGCGCUUAGGAAAACGAAAAACGUUACUUUGGAUGAUGUCGCGUUAGACAAUGUCAGACUAGAUGACGUCACUUUGGAUGAAGUCACAAGCGAUGUCCCUUAUAUCGGUUCAAGCCAUCAUAUCGUCAAACGGAGCGUCGUAAACCACCAAGUGGAACUUCUGAUAGUGACGGACUAUUCUGUAUAUAAAUAUUGGUAUGACGUCAGCACGGCCAGUUCCUCUGCCGCCAAGGACCUCGUAGCAAAGCAGUCUAUUCUUCAAUUCUACGCUUACGUCAUCAACGAGCUAGACAUGAAGUAUAGUAACCUGCAGUCCUCAACUAUCUCCAUUGAUGUGGUGUUCGCCGGUAUCGUGAUCGCUGACACUGUGGCUAGCUCAAGCUGGACAGAGGACAUCGUGUCCGAUGGAAAGGUGGACGUAGUGAACGCUCUGUUGAACUUUAGGACGUGGCACACGAGCGCUUCUGGUCUUCCCGGACACGACCAUGCCAUGCUGUUUUCAAAGUAUGAUUUCACGUCGACCGUCGAUGGAAUCGUGUCUAGUGGUGUAGCUGGUUUGGCGUUCAGGCCUGGGGUGUGUAAAACCAGCAUGUUGUCCGUUGUUGAAGAUAGAUUUAACUACAAUAUGAUGACCAUAGCGGCACACGAGCUAGGACACAAUAUGGGUUCCCCCCAUGAUGGAAUAUACAACCUGACCGUAUGUGACAGCUCGUUCGGAUAUAUCAUGUCUCCGGUUACCUUGACGAUGACUGGAGAUGACGCUUCAAAUCCUUGGAUUUUCUCCAGUUGCUCCGUGACGUCAUUCGAAGACAAUAUCGCCACCCUAAAUAAUGAAGGAAAUAACUGCCUGUUGACCUUGAGUAGCAGUCACGACCCGACGGCCUUGACCCCGUAUGACCAGGAGAUUCCCGGUCAGCUGACAACAGCUGACGAGCAGUGCGAGCGACUGGAGGGAAGCGGGUCAUACCUAUGUAGGAGAUUUUACUCCAAGGAUUAUUCCACCAUGUGUCACACCAUGUACUGUCAGGACCUUGCGAGCAAUUUCUGCUUCAGCUUCGUCCCAGCCACCGGUACAACGUGCGGUAACCAAAAGUGGUGUGAACGGGGUGUCUGUGUAUACAACGCAACAGCGCCAGCUUCCAGCGAUGUGUGUCCGUUCGGCAAUGAACCCGGGAUAGUUCACACUCAGAACGGGGUUUCCUACACCUGUGACCAGCUGGUGGCCACUUUUACUAUCGACACCAUAUGCAAAAUAAGUUCCUUCUACAAUAAGUGUUGUAGCACGUGCAGCGCUGCUGAAACCAACAUACCAGGUUGUCAGUUUGGCGAUACUUCCUCCACUUGUGACGUCACUCAAUGUGACACGUAUUCUCCUACCAGACUGGAUAACUGUUGUGAGACCUGUUAUGUUGCGCCAACCACAACUACAACUCCAAUAACUACAACUACCAUUCCAACAACCACAACUACCAUUCCAACAACCACAACUCCCAUUCCUACAACUACCAUUCCAACAAACACAACUACCAUUCCAACAAACACAACUACCAUUCCAACUCCCACAACUACCAAUCCAACAACUACAACUACCAUUCCAACAACCACAACUACCGUUCCCACUACCACAACUACCAUUCCAACAACUACAACUACCAAUCCAACAACUACAACUACCAUUCCAACUACCACCACUACCAUUCCAACAACAACAAAUAGCAUUCCAACUACCACAACUACCAUUCCAACAACUACAACUACCAUUCCCGCAACCACAACUACCAUUCCAACAACCACAACUCCCAUGCCAACUACCACAACUACCAUUCCAACUACCACAACUACCAUGCCAACUACCACAACUACCAUUCCAAUAACUACAACUGCAAUGCCAACAACCACAACUACCAUGCCAACUACCACAACUACCAUUCCAACUACCACAACUACUAUUCCAACAACCACAACUACCAUUCCAACAACCACAACUACCAUUCCAACAACCACAACUACCGUUCCCACUACCACAACUACCAUUCCAACUACCACCACUACCAUUCCAAUAACUACAACUACCAUUCCAACAACCACAACUACCAUACCAACUACCACAACUACCAUUCCAACAACCACCACUACCAUUCCAACAACUACAACUACCAUUCCAACAACCACAACUAACAUUCCAACUACCACAACUACCAUUCCUACAACCACAACUACCAUGCCAACAACAACAACCACCAUUCCAACUCCCACAACUACCAUUCCAACAACCACAACUAACAUUCCAACUACCACAACUACCAUUCCAACAACCACAACUACCGUUCCCACUACCACAACUACAAUUCCAACUACCACCACUACCAUUCCAACAACUCCAACUACCAUUCCAACAACCACAACUAACAUUCCAACUACCACAACUACCAUUCCAACAACCACCACUACCAUUCCAACAACUACAACUACCAUGCCAACAACCACAACUACCAUGCCAUCUACCACAACUACCAUUCCAACAACCACCACUACCAUUCCAACAACAACAACUACAAUGCCAACAACCACAACUACCAUACCAACGACCACAACUACCAUUCCAACAACCACAACUACCAUUCCAACAACAACAACUACCAUUCCAACA